CUCCCUGGGAACAGCAUGAAGCUGGUAUACCUUGUCCUUGGAGCCAUGGCCUUCCUUUUUCUGGGCGGCCCUGACUCUGUCCUCAGCAGCUCCAGUGGGAACCUGCACACUUUUGUAGGCUGUGCUGUGAGGGAAUUCACUUUCAUGGCCAAGAAGCCAGGUUGCAGGGGACUUCGGAUUACCACAGAUGCCUGCUGGGGCCGCUGUGAGACCUGGGAGAAACCCAUCCUGGAGCCUCCCUACAUUGAAGCCUAUCAUCGAGUGUGUACCUACAACGAGACCAGACAGGUGACAGUGAAGCUGCCUAACUGUGCCCCUGGAGUCGAUCCCUUCUACACCUACCCGGAGGCUGUCCGAUGUGACUGUGGGGCAUGUUCCACUGCCACCACUGAGUGUGAGACCAUCUGAAGCCAGCAUCAUCACAGCUGGUGGCCCAAGCUUCACACAUCCACUGGCCCCAGGAAUAUAUAUCUGCUUUAUCCCCUGCAUUCAUUUUGGGCCAGCCUUCCUCCUCCUAGCUUAGGCACAAGGUCCAGGAGCUGCGUACUUACACUGAAAAUGUAGCCAGGCAGUAGUGGUGCAUGCCUUUAAUCCCAGCACU